CGCCAUUCCCCUCCAUCUCUCAACGAGAUACCUCACGACCUUUGACGAUGGCCUCCGUUACACCCACGUCGGCUCUUCCGCCGCCAGUGGCACCUCCAUCCGCGACCAACGGCGACGUCGAGAUGACCGCACCCAGCGCCAACGGAGAUGACGAAGAAGAAGAUCCCAACAAGGUUCCCGAUGACGCCGUCGAGACGCUGUAUAUCCACAACCUGAACGAGUCUGUACGAAUACCAAUCCUAAAAGAAACCCUUCUGAACCUCUUCAAGUCGUACAAACCCAUCGCUCCCGUCAUCGCUCACCGAAAUCUGCGGAUGCGAGGACAAGCUUUCAUCAGCUUCCCUGACCGGGAGACGGCUCACAAGGCGAAGAAGGAGGUCGCCGGCUUUCCCCUGUACGGAAGGCCUUUGCAAAUCUCGUUCUCUCGAACCAACACGGAUGCAGCGGUCAGCAAGUUUAACGGGGACGAGGCAUUGGUGGCACACAAGGCCGAGCGCGCAGCCAGGAAGAAGAUUUCUAGGAGGAAGAACCCACUGCGACAAAAGGCUCAAGCCAAGCUCAAGGCCGCUGCUGCGGACUCGAGUGCAACGGGUCAACCGAUUGCCAAUGCUCCCCGACGAACCAUCCAGAUGCCCGACGAAUACCUCCCGCCCAACAAGGUCUUGUUCCUGCAAAACCUGCCCGAGGGCACAACAAAGGAGGAUCUGCAAGACGUCUUCGAGCAACACCCCAACCUUAUCGAAGUCCGUCUUAUCCCUACCAAGCGAGACAUUGCCUUCGUGGAAUACGCCGACGAGGCCAGUUCGACGGUGGCCAAGGAUGCUCUGCACAACUUCAAGAUCGACGGCGAGACCAAGAUGAAGGUUACGUACGCGAGAAAGUAAAUGCGGAUUUGGUUUUGGGUCCAUGGGAAGAGAUUACGCAUCAUCAUAUUGUAUGUUUAUCAAGACUCGCGAUCAUAUCGUAUGUGUUUUUACAAGCCUUUUGGCAUUCCGUAUGGCCCUAUGAUGGGAGCUCUAUAUUG